AGAACAAUUUUUUGUUUCUCUUCCCUAGAUUUGAGGUUGAGUCCGAAGAAGUCUAGCAUUUCAAUCCUAGAAAAUUUACUAAAUUUAAACCGACCCCUUUUGUCCAUGUGUUUGUUUCCCGUCAAUUCCUCUUUCUCCCUCACGUUUUCAAGCUCACUUCUCCCCCAUCCUCAUGCACCCUCCCUCUUGCCACCACCCCCUCCAAAAAAAUCACAUUUUUUUGUGAACCCACAAAAUAAAUUAGACAACUUCACAUUUAUAUUCAUCACGCCAGAUUGUGUCUCCUUCCCAGAUUUCUAUCCGUUCACAUAACUUGGGUUUCUCUGCCUUUGAUUACACUUUUCCCCAUAUUUACAGUUAUUGGUGGUGGCGAUGGAUACUGGGAGGAGGCAUUUGCCUUUGUUUCUGAAUUUAUUGUUGGUGGUUGAGCUCAUGUUUGUGGUGCAGGGCAAUGUGGUGUUUGAAGUUCGCCACAAGUACGGCGGUGCAAAGGCGCAGUUGAGACAGCUGAGGGACCACGACUCGCUGCGCCAUGGCCGUAUGCUCGGCACCGUUGAUUUUAUGUUGGGCGGUGACAGUUCCCCCACCAGUACUGCGCUCUAUUACACAAAAAUUACAAUUGGAAAUCCUCCUGUUGACUAUCAUGUCCAGGUUGAUACAGGAAGUGAUAUUGUAUGGGUGAAUUGCAAAGACUGUGAGAAUUGUCCCACCAAAACUGGUCUCCGUAUAACCUUGAGGCAGUAUGAUUUGAAGGCCUCCUCCACUGGAACAGUUAUCACUUGUGACCAACAGUUUUGUACUGCUGUAUCUGAAACAAAUCAAAAUUGCAAGGCUGGAAUGAACUGCGCAUAUACAGUCACUUAUGGAGAUGGGACCAAAACCGAAGGAUACUAUGUCCGAGAUGACUUCAAACUUGAUCAAGUAACUGGAAACCAUCAAACCUCAGCGAUGAAUGGAUCCAUAGCAUUUGGGUGCUCAACUAAACAAGCUGGAGACACUUCAUCUUCUCAAGCCAUUGAUGGGCUAAUUGGUUUUGGACAAGACAAUACGUCCAUCAUUUCACAGCUUGCUUCGCUUGGAAAGGUGAAAAGGGUCUUUUCACAUUGCUUGGAUUCAAAGAAGGGAGGUGGCAUAUUUGCUAUAGGGGAAGUUGUGGAGCCAAAAGUAAAUAAAACACGGCUGGUCCCGAGACAGCUACAUUAUAAUGCUGUUAUGGAAGCUAUUGAUGUGGGUGGUAAACAGCUAGACUUUCCCAAAGGUAUAUUUGGUCUACCAACCAGUUUAAAUGCUGUAAUUGACAGUGGUACAACCUUGGCCUAUCUUCCAUCUGAUCUUUAUAAACAGCUGAUGGAUAUGAUCAUGGCACAGCACCAGGAAAUAAAACUUCAUACGGUUGAGGAACUGUUCAAAUGCUUUUGGUACAGUGGGAAUAUUGAUGAUGGAUUUCCAGUUAUAAAAUUUCAUUUCGAGGAUUCACUCUUCUUGACAGUUUAUCCCCAUAAUUAUCUGUUUGAAGUUAAAGAUGAAGAAUAUUGCAUAGGAUGGCAGAGCAGUGUAAUGAAGUCAAGGGAUGGAACGGAAAUGACACUGUUAGGAGAUAUUGUAUUGUCGGACAAGCUCUUCGUGUACGACAUUGAAAAUCAGACAAUCGGAUGGACACAAUACGACUGUGGAUCAAGCAUUAAAAUAAAAGAUGAGAAGACCGGCAGCGUCUAUGACGUGGCAGCCCAUAACAUAAGUUCCAAUGGCAAUUGGUUGAGGGAUAACAGCGUAUCGUUCCUUUUGUUUAUAGCCGUUGUUCUCCACCUGAUUGCAUGAGCUUCUUUCAUGAGGAGACGAGGUUCACGAACUGCUGCUGCUCUCUUCUUUUGCAUCAUAGUACACUUUCGGACGAAGAAGGGCUGCCAUUCCCAGUCCUGAAGACAGUGAAGAAACAUUUUUGGGAAAUUUUCCCACCUUUUCCGGGCUCUGACAUCUUCUGACCACACACACACACACAGUGAAAGAAAGUUAGAAAAGUUGGUCUCUUUCUUUCAGACUUGUUUUAUGCUUCUCAUCCAAAUACUAUUGUUGUUAAUGUUGUAUCUUUUUAUUUCAUUUUUUGAUAUUAUUCUGCGUUUA